GGUCAGAGCUCUGUCCCGUGCCUUUUCAGUUCCUCCCACCAUGGAGGUCACCCAGCACCCCAUGAUGGCGGCAGGGAACCAGGUGAAUGUUACCUGCCAUGUGGAGAAGUUCUACCCCCGGAGCCUACAGCUGACCUGGCUGGAGAAUGGAAAGGUGUCCAGAACAGAAAUAGCCUCGACCCUCACAGAGAACAAGGAUGGGACCUAUAACCUGACCAGCUGGCUCCUGGUGAACUCGUCUGCCCACAGGGAGGGCGUGGUGCUCACCUGCCAGGUGGAGCAUGACGGGCAGCCUGCGGUCAGCAGAAGCCAUACGCUCAAGGUCUCUGCCCACCAGAAGGAGCCGAAUCCAGAUGCCGCCCCGGGUACAGAGUCACCUAGUUCCAUUUUCAUAGUUCUCCUCCUGGUCCCCAAGGUGCUGCUGGUGGUCAGUGUCUCUGCCAUCUAUGUCCACAGGAAGUGGAAGGACUGACUGUAAGUUGUGGGUGGGGUAGGGGUGCCAAGGGCUCAAGGUCUCAGCAAUAGUGAAGACUUCAAGAAGCUUCUCUGGACUCUGCCAAGCACCUCCCCUGCCAGGACAUCUGACGGCCCUCAGCUCCUGUGAACCCAUCACACAGUCCUUGAUGCCCCAGAGCUGGAUCUUCAUCCAUGAACCUGAGCCGAGCCCUGGGCAUAGCGCUGAGGACCAACCCAGGACACCUCCCUUGAUUGUGGGGAUCAAGACCAGGAUAUCACAUCAGCCUAGCUCUCAGCCAACCUCCUGGAAUUGGCCACAAGCACACGUUCUAGUCAGUGCUCUCAGGAGUUGGCCUGUCUUUCAGAUUUCUGUCUCCCCCAACACCUGGCCCUGUUAAGGCUCUCCAUCUCUGUUGCCUCUUAAUAAUACAAGUGAACCUACAUCCCA